AUGAGGAGUCUCAGUGCUGAUUUUACUCGUCCAAAGAGACCAAAAGCUGUUCUGAAACUGCUGCCUGAUGGACGAAUAUUCAGUGGAGAAAAAGUCACUUUCACAUGUGAAAUACAAGACACAAAGAAGGACCGGAAGUACAACUGGUUUAAAGAUGAUAGUGAACUUUCCUCUGCUGGUGAGAACAGAGAAUAUUCAUUUGUUACUACAGAGCAGGACAGUAGUAGCUACACCUGCAGUGGACAGGGAGAAAUUUGCUUUCAGAACUCAGAGAUCAGUAAUACUGUUACACUGACUGUAUCAGCAAAACCCAAACCAACUGUGACUGGAGCUCCUCAGAGCUUCAUCUACACUGGAGAAGCUGUUACUCUGUACUGUGAACUGCAGGUGCAGCAGUCUACUGAAUGGACAUUUCUCUGGUACAAAAAUAAGUUACCUCUAACUUCAAACACCAACUCACUCAGUGUGCCGACCACUAAUGCAGGAGAAACAGAGUACCAGUGUAUAGCACGCAGGAGAAACUACGACUCAGAGUUCAGUGAUAGAAUCACAAUUACAGUUAAAGCAAAACCCAAACCAACUGUGAUUGGAGUUCCUCAGAGCUUCAUCUACACUGGAGACGUUGUUACUCUGAACUGUGAGCUGCAGGAGCAGCAGUCUACUGAAUGGACAUUUAUCUGGUACAUAAAUCAGUUACAUCUAACACCAGUAACUACAAACACCAACCCACUCAGUGUGCAAACCACUAAUGCAGGAGCAACAGAGUACCAGUGUAUAGCACGCAAGGAAAACUACUACUCAGAGAUCAGUAAUACAGUCACAAUUACAGUUAAAGCAAAACCCAAACCAACUGUGACUGGAGUUUCUCAGAGCUUCAUCUACACUGGAGACGUUGUUACUCUGAACUGUGAGCUGCAGGAGCAGCAGUCUACUGGAUGGACAUUUACCUGGUACAAAAUAACUGGGAUUCGUCAGACACCUGUAACUCCAAACACCAACCUACUCAGUGUAAAGACCACUAAUGCAGGAAAAACAGAUUACCAGUGUAUAGCACGCAGGAGAAACUACUACUCAGAGUUCAGUGAUAGAAUCACAAUUACAGUUAAAGAGAGACCAAAACCUUCAGUGGACAUUAAGCCUGAUAAUCUGGUGUUCACUGGAGAAACUGUCACUCUGAGAUGUGAUAUACAGGAUGGAGGCGUCUCUCCCUGGCAGUACAGCUGGUAUAAAGAUGGUUCUGAUGUCAGUAGUAAUCAGGAGUACAGAAUCAGUGGUGUUGGUGUGACCCAUGCAGGAAGUUACACCUGUAAAGGAAGAUCAGGCUCACGUUCUACACACAUCAGUGAUGCUGUUAUACUGACUGUAUCAGUGAAGCCUAAACCUAAACUCACAUCCAGCCUUAAUGGAGCAGCACUAACAGGAAACUCAGUGACUCUGUACUGUGAGCUGGAUCCACAGUCUGCUGGAUGGAAGUUUUACUGGUUUAAAGACACACAGAACCAUCAGACUAAAUCUACAACACACAGCUACAUCAUCAGAUCAGUUAGUGUUUCUGAUGUGGGUCAGUACCAGUGCAGAGCUAGGAGAGGAAACCCAGUCUACUAUACACACUACAGUGAUGCACUCUGGGUAAAUGUUACUGAGAGUUCUAAAGCUGUGGUGACCAUAAAAUCUGAUAAUCAGGUAUGUAGUGGAGAAACUGUCACUCUCAGAUGUGACAUACAGAGAGGAGGAAAUGCUGAGUGGACAUACAGCUGGUAUAAGAAUAAUAACAACAUGUAUCCAUCCAGAACAACACAGGAGUUCAGUAUCAGUUCUGUUAUUAAGUCUCAUGGGGGUAAAUACACCUGCAGAGGUGAGAGGAAAAGUGACUCCCAGAAAUCGGAGAUCAGUGAUACUGUUAUACUGACUGUAUCAGAGCGACCACAGCCAGUACUGAAUGUACCUGUACAGAACUGGCUGACUGAAGGAGACUCAGUGACUCUAAGCUGUGAGGUUAAAGGUUCCACUACAGGCUGGAUAUUCAGCUGGUACAAAGUGAUUCAAUACAGCAGCAGCUUCAUUAGAAGAGAAGACUUAGUUCUCCUCUCAGACAGCAGCAGAAAAGCUGGAGGCUCGUACACUCUCAGUCCUGCUGUUCUCAAUCACACAGGGGUUUAUGUAUGUAGAGCAGAGAGAGGAGAACCAGCCUAUCACACACAGUACAGCCAACCACAACCACUGUGGAUCACUGGUGAAUCUGGUCCAGUGUCACUGAUCAUCAGUCACAACAGAACUCAACACUUUGAUGCUGAAUCUCUCUCACUGAGCUGUAAAGGACAGAGAGACUCUACUAGAUGGAAAGUGAAACAAUACAGUGAGAGUAAAGAAGUGUCAGAUUGUUUAUCACCUUGGGGAUUAGCUUUUGGAUCUACAUGCAGCAUCAGCUAUCUCCAUACAUCUAACACUGUUGUGUACUGGUGUCAGUCUGAAUCUGGAGACAGCAGUAAUCCUGUCAACAUCACAGUGCACGAUGGUGAUGUGAUCCUGGACAGUCCUGUCCAUCCUGUGACUGAGGGACAUUCUCUGACCUUACGCUGUUUAUAUGGCAAAAUAAGGCCUGUAAACCUCCAAGCUGAUUUCUAUAAAGAUGAUUCAGUCCUCAAGAACCAGACAGAAAAGAUGAUCAUCCACAGUGUAUCAAAGUCAGAUGAGGGUUUCUAUCACUGUAAACACCCAGAGAAAGGAGAGUCACCAAAAAGCUGGAUCUCAGUACGAGGUACAAAAACAUCCUAA